UUCCGGGCGGCUGGUGGGAUGCCCAUGUUGCGCUGCUAUGGCGACGGGGCCAGACCCAGUUCGAGCCCGGUUCAUCGUGGUGGGAGGCGGAGUUGCAGGGGUGACCUGCACCGAGCAGCUUGCUGGCCAGUUUCCAGCAGAUGUGAUCCUUUUAAUUACAGCAUCACCAUUAAUUAAAGCAGUGAUGAACUUCAAACAGGUUUCCAAGACGUUGGAAGAAUUUGAGGUUGAAGAAAGGCCAUCUCACAUACUGGAAGAGCACUAUCCCAACAUUAAAGUGGUACAAUCUGCAGUUCAAGGACUGGAUGCAGCAAAAUAUAAACUUCACACAGAAGAAGGCAAAGAGUACAUUUACGAGAAACUGUGCAUAUGUACUGGAGCAAGGCCAAAACUGAUAGCCAAAGGCAAUCCGUUCGUAUUAGGAAUUCGGGAUACUGACAGUGCAAAGGAAUUUCAAAGUCGUUUAGCUAAAGCCAAAAGGAUUAUUGUUAUCGGCAAUGGAGGUAUAGCGCUGGAACUGGUCUAUGAAGUUGAAGGAUGUGAAGUGAUUUGGGCAAUAAAAGAUAAAGCUAUUGGAAAUACUUUCUUUGAUGCAGGAGCAGCUGAAUUUCUAAUUCCUCAGCUCAAGGCAGAUAAGCCUAAAGCUAUUUUCCCUUGUAAAAGGACAAAAUACACUACAGAAGGCUUAGAACAGGAAAAGAAAACUUUUGCUGAAGAUGGAGCGCAUGGUAGUGCAUUGGGACCGGACUGGCAUGAGGGCAUGAAAUUGAAAGGAACAAAACAAAUUUCCCACAGAGUCCAUGUUGAAUACCAGUGUGAGAUUGAUAAGAUUUACUUGCAAGAUGAGUUUGUAUCAUCACAGAAAACAUCACUGGCAUUCCCUGAAAAUGGAUCAGAAGAAAGAAAAAGAAAGGCAGAUGAAGAAUCUUGGCCUGUUUAUGUACAAUUGACAAAUGGAAAGAUCUUUGGCUCAGAUUUAAUAGUGAGUGCAACUGGAGUAAAACCAAACAUUGAACCAUUCAUCACAAGCAAUCCUUUUGACGUGGCAGAAGAUGGGGGCCUUAAAGUUGAUGAGCAGAUGCAUACUUCAAUCCCAGAUGUCUUUGCUGCAGGUGACGUCUCCACUGUAUCUUGGGAGCCUCGUGCUCUUUGGCAACAGAUGCGACUGUGGACCCAGGCUAGACAGAUGGGAUAUUAUGCAGCAAAGUGUAUAGCAGCAGAAAUGUUGGGGGAAUCGAUUGAAUUGGACUUCUGCUUUGAAUCAUUUGCUCAUGUCACCAAAUUCUUCAAUUAUAAGGUGGUAUUGCUAGGAAAGUACAACGGCCAGGGUCUGGGGACAGAUCAUGAGCUGUUACUGCGGUGCACCAGCGGCCAGGAGUAUGUGAAAACGGUGAUGCAGGAUGGAAGGAUGAAGGGAGCUGUGCUAAUUGGUGAAACCGACUUGGAAGAGACCUUUGAAAAUCUCAUUUUAAAUCAGAUGGAUCUUUCUGCAUAUGGAGAGGAUUUACUCGACCCAAAUAUUGAUAUUGAGGAUUAUUUUGAUUAAGAUGAACAAAUCUGUAACACAUUUGAAUUUUGUUAUGCAGGUUCUGUAAUUCUGUCCUGAUGAUCUAUAACCAGGUACCAUACACACACCUUAAACCAGCUUAUAUUUCAGCUCUUUCCUGGACUCGAACUCAAGUUCUGUCGAAGGGUCAUGAGGACUCGAAACGUCAACUCUUUUCUUCUCCGCCGAUGCUGCCAGACCUGCUGAGUUUUUCCAGACCAGCCGGUAGCAAACUUCAACCAAGCAUCACCCUCACCCAGAGCUACUUCCCAAGACACGGCCACAGCCUGCGAGCAAGAGAUUCUUAGUAUGUACAUGUUAUCUUUUGAAAGAUGCCACCCCUAGUGCAUUUAAUUGUCUCCAUCUGUUGGCAGGCCAUGUGGGUACAAUAUGUGUGGCAUGCUUUUGCAUUGUUUCCUUUAAAUAAAUCCCAUGAAUUAA